AUGUCUCACAACGAGGACUCAUCACCGACGGAAUCGCGUGUUGUUUUGAGGACCCAGGGUAUGAACGAAGUCUUGCCGCGUCAUGAUCUCGACAUGUUCACGUCUGCCGGAACGUACCCGCACGGGAGUUGGGAGCUCUCUGAGGUCGGCCAGCCUCACCAAUUCCAGGCCGCUUACUGCGUGCGAGAUGCUCAGGGGCAAAAAGUGCGCGCGCCAAUGCCGCUGGCAUUGUCGCUCGACGAACAGGCAUUCGACGAGCUUUUCCGCCAGAGGCACGAUGCUAGCUAUGACUUUGACGAGGCCAAUGCAAGAGGCAACCCAAACGAGGUGGGAGAUGCUCCAGCCACGGCCAAGAAGGAACGGUGA